AUGAGCCGAUCGGUGCAAGCACUCAUCGUUACAAAGGAUACAACACUUGAUGCUGUCCUUACCUUCCUAGAUGACAAGGUGGACGUGUUUAAAAUCAAAGCGGACAAUGAUGGCCAGCAUCUGUACCGACUGGUGUUUGAGAAACUCGGAAAUUUCGAUUCGAAGUAUUUUGGUCUGGCAUACUUGGACAUAGAAAGUAACCACCGAUGGUUGAACCGUAGCCAAUCGCUUUUGAAGUUGGCUAGAAGCCUGAACAGAACAUCGCUGGAAUUUUUCUUCUCCGUGAAAUAUUACAUUCCCCAUCCAAACCUGCUAUUGGAUGAUUUUGCAAGAUAUCUGUUCGCUCUGCAAAUCAAACGGGAUUUUUUUCGGGGCAUUCUACACAGCAAUCGCAACACCAGUUUGCUGUUGGCAAGCUUCAUUGUUCAGUCUGAACUCGGUGACUAUACCGAAACAGAGGGGAAAUCGUUCGCUUAUCUACGGAAACACCAUUUGCUUCAAGCUGCCCCGGACCCCUAUCUUAUGCGCGUUAUGGAAUUGCAUCAGAAAAUGAUUGGAUUAAACAAAGUGGAUGCUGACCGCUGUCUGUUGGAUGCGGCACGAAAGAUGGAACUCUACGGUGUUCGCCUUCACCCGGUCAUGGAUACAAGAGGACAAGCUUGCAACCUGGGCGUAACCUAUGCCGGAAUUCUUGUGUUUCAAAACUUUAUCCGUGUGAACGGAAUCGGUUGGUCAAAAGUUAGAAAGCUCAGCUUCAGACGCAGGAAUUUUGUGAUCAAAUUGCAUCCAAAUGAGAAGGAUGAUUCGGAAAAUGUUGAAUACCAGUUUGCUACUUUAAAAAGCUGUAAAAACUUCUGGAGAAAGUGCAUCGAGCAGCACAGCUUCUUCCGAUCCAGCGCCUCGCCCUUUUUGUCUACCGAUAAACAUCGAAGUCUGGGUCAUCUCACUAGCCACAGGACCGCUUCAUUUCCGUCCACUGAAUGGCUCAGAAGAUCGGUGAGCUGUGAAGGUAGUGAGGCUACAAGCUGUCCUCUGUCUUCUUCCCAACAAAAUGUUUAUACACCAGCCUCAAGUGGUCAGCUAAAUGAAAGUCUGACAUCGCAAACAAGCACACCACUGAAGCGCCUGGCAAGAUUCAAACAUUUCCGUCCCAGCUGGAAACGAACCUCACAGACCCAGAACGGAUCCGCUAAUAACGUGAAUGAACUGCAAACAUCAAAAUCCGAUUCACCAAAAUCCAGCCUGGUAGCCCCCGACUUCCCUUAUCCUACACGCAAGAGCUCUUUACCCGCCAGACCAAUUAAAGUCACACGUCUAUUAAGUAGCAACUCAGAACUAAAUGCUGAACACUUUCAGCUGCUACGUUUAUCCUUAUCUUCUUUGCUAACCGAAUCACAAUCCAGUUUGCAACAAACCACUCCGACGCUGACUCGAAGACGUACGCGAGGAUUAGUACAACAAGACCGCGCAAUCAGUACACCAGCCAUUAGCCACACAUGCCAGAGCAAAACGAGUUGUGGCUUGCACUCUUUCGUGCCACGUUGUUAUGGUCUAGUGGAGUCAUCGAGCAUAACGCGAUCCAAGUCUCCAAGUUACACUGGGGUGUUUCAUUCAUCCGAAAGUGCCUCAUUCCCUCAACGACCGGAGAGCCGUCAGUCAGAAGAGGAUACUGGUGGUGCAACUCUUCCUUUGUGUUCAUCAGCAGUUCAAGUGAAUGCCGUCCAAAAUAAGGAUGAACAAGUUACUGACCAUAACCCCACUCCGUCAUCUUUUUCGCCUCAUUCCAACGGAAGUCCAAGACCUGUUUCUCCGUCAAGCAAUAUCACUGCAAUCGUGGCAGAGAAUAGCGCUCCAGAGGGAGAGAAACAGGAGCAGUUUUGGAUUUCAGACGAAGCUCGGGCUCAAACGGAUCGGUAUCCGUUGCCACUGAGUGUCAUCGACCAUUCAGUAUCGUGUACUUUGGAUGAAUCCAUGACGAUUUUAUCACCACAACUUGUUGUACUACAAGAGCGCUCCGAAAGUGUUCUCAGUAAUGAAGAAUGCCGAAUAGAUACAUCAUCAACAGUUGACGGCCCACUAGACCGCUCAUCUCCAUCCCCAGUGACUGAAAAAUUACUGAGAAACGUGAAUCUCGUGGACUGUAUUUCACUGACUUCUACGGAUGAGGAGGUGCAACUACACCAGCAAUUUAAAAUAUCGCAGGCCGAUUCUGAGACCUUACUGGUAACCCACGCGUACGAAAGCCACGCUGAUCUAAUCGCAUCUGAUAACGGAGAGGUCGCAAACUCUAACGUGAUGGACCUAGAAUUUCAGAGUUGUCUUGCGGCUGAUUCAGAUGCAAAUAUAAGCCAACCGCCAUCGGAUCUCAGUGAAACACAACCGUCUGCCAUCAGUGCACGGAGUCAAUCCCCAGAUCAACCGAUGGAGGUGACAGCGUCCGACGAAGGAGGGGUUUGUGACGUAAUUUCAGGUUCCAUAUCUGUAACUAACCAACCUACUUCAACCGCAAGCAAGAAUUCUAACAAUCAGCUCUCAAUGAGUGAAGCACUACCAUGUUCAGAUGACAUUGCGUCAAACGAAGAAGCGCCAGAAAGUCUAGCGGACAUUACGUCAUUCGGAGCGAUUUCUAUGUUGACUGGAAUCUCUUGCUAUGACGAUGAUCGUGACGAUCCAGUAUGUUCCUGCGGCGGAGAAUCCCCACCACUCAUGGAUCUGGAAUACGGUUUGCGUUGUUCGCUGCCAGCAGUGAAACUGCAUCCACGUCUCAAACAACUAGGUCGUGGUUACUGGGGUGCAUCUGAAACAUCUUCCGAGAGUAUGGAAUCGACAAAAUUCCAUUCCAAAGUAAAGCUAUUGUCUCGGGCAAAGUCAGAUUCCUUUGUACACCAGACAAACGGAAAGAAAAGACAGUCAUUGAACCAAAAACAUCUGAUACGAAUCGCUCAAAGGAACCAAACCAGCGCUUAUCCCCCAGAAGUGUCACCUACUUCAGCUCCACUGAAGUCUGGGGGGACCUUACGCAGUCAACAUCCCCAUCCACCCCCACCUAUAGAUGAAGUAUCCGUUUUUCGACAGAUGAAAAUGUUCCUUCAAUCAGAGCGCCUAUAUCAACAACAGUUACUUCAACUUCAGUCGUAUCCUUUGGAAAUUUCGGAGGCCUACAACUGCAAUAUAUUGACUACUUGGUUGAAAGCCAAUUUGCUUCCAUUACUGCAACCGCUUGUCGAGAGACACGGGGACUUUCUCAACUCGCUUGAGUCGAAUUUAUGCGCUUGGAUGGCAGUCAGUCCAGACAUUGAUUUGGACCAUUCGACUAAUAAAUGUCAACAAACUGCGACGGGUCACGCUUUGGCAGCACUGUCAGACGAGGAUAUGGUAGACGGAAAAUCUGUACAUUCCUUAUUCGAAUCCGGUUUGAAACUGUCAGAUGCUGUUUCUGGAGACACAUGCACUUAUCUUUCACUGCACGCCAGCCAAAGUUGUUUUUCAGAGUCUGACAACACGGAGUUGUCUGGUACCCACCGAAGACAGUCACUGCCACAUGGCGUUGGACAAACGUUCAUGCAAUACCUAGAUAUCCUAGAGCUACACAAGGCAUGGAUGAGUCGGUGUCCCGAGCUGAUAUCCGAACUGUGGUUAAUGGCUUACUUCGACUUCCUGCAUCUGCAGCAGUAUGCUCCAGAAGUACAGCUUCCUUUGUUCGAAGAACCCUCGAAGAAACGGUCUACAUCCAACGAACCACUUGUUUGUCUAUCAAUGUCAUCGAUAUCGGACGUUUAUGAAUCUAUCGAGGAGGACCUUCAAGGUCCACGUUCGGUUCGGGAUGUUUGGCAACGAGUAGAGUGCUCUGAACAUUGGGUGAGACCGUUACUCACGUGCUUCCUACAGCCAGGAAGGCGAUUGCGACAGUAUUGUUUGCAAAUCGGUGGACUAUUGGCUCAGUACAAUCCACAACAUCCGGAUAUCUCUGCUUGCAAAAUUGCUUUUUCACAGGUAAUUCAGUAUGCAAGAUCACUUUACCCCGAAUACAUAAAAGCAGAGCAAUUGGCGUUUACCCUGCAAGCAGCUCGGUGGGUUUUACCCAUCGGUUACUUCCUAGGGAUCCAUCCAGAAGCCCCCGAAGAUGCUACCCAGCUUAACCUAAUAACCUCCAGUGUUAUAGCAUCUCUAUCCAAGCUACAUCGCUUUGGCUGGCUAAAGAAGUAUUCCAGACGUGGAUUCCAGUCUCGCAUGGUGUUUCUUUUCGAUGAUCGACUAAUUUAUGCUAGCAGAAUUCGGGAUCUUGGAACUGUGUGUUUGAAAGUACAUGGAGAAAUCCAUCUGCGAUGCGCAUGUGUCACUCCAGGAGAAACCGCACCGCUCAGACACUUUCGUUAUCAGGCAGAUACCCCUUCGCUGGUAGCCGGUUCUUCGUUCUCUUCAUUAGGAAACAGCACAUUUUCUGAGUCCAACCUGUUUGCUAUCACCGUGAAAGUUACCGCAUCAACGGACUCAUCAUUAUCCUAUAAGACAGCACAUUCCGCCCAACUAAGUGAGCGGUUCUGUCGGCGCCGCCGCCGUAUUGUUUUCCGUGCUCCCAGUGUUGCGAUUCGUAAUGCAUGGUUAGAAGACUUGAACACUGUCAUAAACGAGUGCACUGACAAUUCGGAAUCCUGGAAAGCAACUGGUCCUUCUUCAAAGGGUAUAUACCGUCCACAGGAACCUCUGGAAACCGACAUGCUGCGAAUGCAGUUAUCGCAGCGGUUUCAUCGCUGUCGUUCAGGUGGAUCCUGCGCAGCCGGAAAGAGGCCAGGCCAUUCCAUCAAGUCAUCCGUCUGCAGGACUAAUUUGCUGCAUCUUUGCUGGCGCCGGCACUUGUCUUUUAGCCACAAACAGCUGUUAAACGCCAUCGAUUGCGAGCUACACGGGUACUUGUUUCGCAAGUUGCAACAAGGUUCGGGUUGGCAGAAAUUCUGGGCACUAUUGUCCGAUUAUUGCCUGUACUUUUAUAAAAGUCCCAUUGAGAGGCACCCACAGGCUACGAUCGCACUACAUGGAUAUUGCGUACGAAUACUGGAUUCACUGUACUCCUCCGGCCCAACAAGACCAAGACAGAAGUCGGAUAACAGAGAACCGGUUGAUGAACGCAUUUUGGAGAUCUCCUUCGGCCCCAAAAGGCACCUGUUUCAUGCCGAAUCAGAUCGUGAGUUGAUGAGUUGGUUCCACGCUUUGUCUGCUGUACUGUCGUGCGUGCCCACUAAAUCGCCAUCGAUUCCGGACAUGCCAAAGGAUAGCUGCGCCACCGAGCAGAUCUCUGAAAUAUGUGGAGAUGGUAUGCAGACGGAUCCCACUUGUUCUCCUUUCCACACGGAUGAAGAAUAAUUUCUCCGUUACCAAAGAUUAGGUGGACAUUUUAUUCCAUCAUUCACUCAACAAACUGCUGCCUACGUUGCCAAUUCAAUUUACAAUUCAAUUCAAUUUACAAUUCAAUUUGCAAUUCAAUUACCCUCGAUACGAAACGGGCUUAUUUUCUCUAUUUUCCUCUAAUUUUAACUUUAUAACUUAUAAUCCCAACUUGUAUUGAAUUCCGCUAAUAACGUUUUUCAUCUGUUGGCCUGACAACUGAUUUCCUGUUGCCAACUUUUCUUUUCAUCUAACCAUAAAUGAGUUGUUCAGGUAUAGAAUUAGC